AUGACAAGGGAGAACCAGGCAAUCCUCGGGUUGGUUUUCCAGUACCCCUUGCUGAAUGCACUGCGCGAGGAGUACCCGGAUGACCUGGAGAUAUUGGCGUUCCCUUGCAACCAGUUCAAGUUCCAGGAGCCGGCCUCCAACAGUGAGAUUCCACCCCUGUUGGAGCAUGUCCGGCCUGGCGGGGGCUACGUACCCAAUUUUCCUCUGUUUGAGAAGUUGGAGGUGAACGGAGCAUCGGAGCACGCGCUGUAUACUCGGCUCAAGAGUGUCUGUCCUCCAGUGAAGACAACCAUUGGCGACCCUGCGAGUAUGAUCUGGUCGCCAAUCCGCGUGGGCGAUAUUACCUGGAACUUCCAGAAGUUUCUGAUCGACGCCGAGGGCGUGUCGUACAAACGCUACGACCCCGCCGUGCUUCCUGCCCAGCUGAAAGACGAUAUCGAGUUGCUAAUCAAGAUGAGGGACAUGGCAACCUCGUCCCCUCAACCAGACGAUAAGGCCACGGACAGUAGCAACGGGGCACCCUCCUCCAAAUUUUGGUAGACAAAGAAACUUUAAUCAAUUUAUUGAAGAGGAAAAAGGAUACCCAACAUAAGAACAUCACAUCUUUGAGAGAAGAAAUUGGUAUUUACAGGAGUGGGCUAACGUUGCACACCCACCACUCCUUUCCUGGAUUUUUUUUAUUGUUAGUUUUUAGAAUUUAUUCACAAAUAUUAUUAAAAAAUACCCAGAAGUAAUUGACCAUGAUGCUACUGAAUCACAGGCGAAAUAAUAUCCUUACUUUUCGCCAUUAUGAUUGACUCGAUGAGAAGAUAUUUUGCCAUGUCGUGAGUGUAUGUUUUUCAUUCCACUCGGUGUCACAUUGGAACAUAGUCUGAUGAACAUGUUCUUUUCAGUACUAAGGAUUUCGUUACUUCCACUUCAUUUCUGUGCCACAGCCGAUGAAGAACCGUUUAUAAAUGCCAAAAAUGGCGAGUGAUCGGUUCUGACGUUCGCCUCAAGGCGCAUGCUCUUGUGCAUUCGGGCAUACGCAGUCGGGGCAACUGUGGUCAAACAGGACUGUUGUGUUUGGAACUAAGGAAAUUUUUACUAAGGAAAACGUGUUUAUCGAUCAUGCAAUGCGAAACUUAUUCUAUUUAAAGC